AUGUCUAUACGGAUUCUAUGUCUGCACGGCAGGGGGUCUAAUACCGAGAUCUUCCGGAUGCAAACGGCGGGCAUACGGAGCCAGCUAGAGCCAGAAUACGAGUUUGAGUUUGUGGAGGGCCGGUGGCCUCACUUGGAGGGGAACUGGUCUCUGCAUACAGUCGACUUUUCAAAGUCAAAUCUGUAUGGAUUCUACAAUAUGUUGGAUAUCGAGGAUAUUCUGGCCACCGAGAGCGAGCUGCGUCAGGUCAUAGAGGAACAUGGUCCAUUCGAUGGUUUGUUGGGAUACUCACAAGGUGGAUCAAUGGCUGCCCAAAUCGCCAUCCGGCUCCUCCUGGAGAACCCAUACGCCACACCCCAGGAGUUACCGAUCAAGUUCUUGGUGCUCAUCAACAGCGCCGUGCCGCCUUUCAUCAUGCCAUUGGAUGGGCAAGAGGUCACGGACAUACCGAUUGAAGAGUCGCCAAAGCUGCAGAUGCUCUUCGACGUCUUCAAGGCGAAUCCGGCUGAUCAUAUGGAAAAGGCGCGGCCAGCGAAGCUUGCCAACGGUCGACAGGUUCUUGCAAAUAACACGCACUACAUGACUUUUUUUGACGAGGCCUGGGAUGGCCACGUUCUUUCCAUGCCUUCGCUGCACAUUACCGGCGUGGGCGAUGCCCCAGAAUACGGCCAGCAACUGUUUGACAUUGCCGAGCCCAGCCAGGCGCAACGUAUUGGGCAUGUGUUCGGGCACGACUUUCCACGAGGGCUUGAUAUGAACAAGACCAUUGCCAGGUCGAUCAGGGAGAUGGCGGAGAAAGCUCUGUAG